AUGAGGGCUGCCUUCGCAGGGAGUGCUGCCUUUGCAGGGAGUGCUGCCUUUGCAAGGAGUGCUGCCUUCGCAAGGAGUGCAGCCUUCGCACGGAGUGCAGCCUUCGCACGUAGUGCUGCCUUCUCACGGAGUGCUGCCUUUGCACAGAGAUCUGCAUUCGCAGGGUGUAGUACCCUCGCAAGAAGUGCAGCCUUCGCAAGGUGUGCUGCCUUCGCUAGGAGUGCUGCCUUCAAUAGGAGUGCUGCCUUCAAAAGGAGUGCUGCCUUUGCAAGGAGUACUGCCUUCGAAAGGAGUGCUGCCUUUGCAGGGAGUGCUGCCUUCACAAGGAGUGGUGCCUUCGCAAGGAGUAAUGCCUUCGCAGGGAGUGCUGCAUCUGCAAGGAGUGCUGCCUUUGCAAGGAGUGCUGUCUUCGCAAGGAGUGCUGUCUUCGCAAGGAGUGCUGUCUUUGCAAGGAGCGCUGCCAUCGCAAGGAGUGCUUCCUUCGCUAGGAGUGCUGCCUUCGCAAGGAGGGCUGCCUUUGCAAUGAGGGCUGCCUUCGCUAGGAGUGCUGCCUUCGCAAGGAGUGCUGCCUUCGCAAGGAGUGCUGCCUUCGCAAGGAGUGCUGCCUUCGCAAGGAGUGCUGCCUUCGCACGGAGUGCAGCCUUCGCACGGAGUGCUUCCUUUGACAGAGUGCUGCCUUCGCAAGGAGUGCUGCCUUCACAAGGAGUGCUGCCUUCGCAAGGAGUGCAGCCUUCGCAAGGUGUGCUGCCUUCGCAAGGAGUGCUGCCUUCCCAAAGAGUGCUGCCUUCCCAAGGAGUGCUGCCUUAG